AUGUAUGAAAAUGGAAAAAAAAAUGGUAAAUGGGAAUUUUUUUUAAAGUUGGAUAAAAACGAAAGACAAUUGUAAUAAGAAUUAUUUAUUUAACUUAGAGGAGAAGGAGUAUAUGAUGAAAAUUAGUUGAAAAAUGGCUAAUGGAUUGAUUUGUAUGAAAACUUCAAAAUGUAUUAAAUUAUUUUAACAGUUUAGUCAUUCUUAAGUAAGAUAUAAGGGAAAGUAUCAAAAGAGUAAGAAAUAAGGUACAUGAUAAAUUAACUUUAGAUAAUCGACAUUGUCAAAGAUUGAAAUAACAAUGUAAAUGAUGUCUAAUUACUAAAAUAGUGGUAAUGGAGAUUAUGAUGGAAAUGGAAAGAAGACUGGUUAAUGGGCUAAAUUAUAUGAUUAAUUUGAAGAGUAUAUUAGUUAUUUAUUUUAAGUAUGAAGUAAAUCAGAUAUAAAGGAAAAUAUGAAGAAGGUAUAAAGAAUAGAGUUUGGAAAAGAUUGAAACGAAUAAGUGGCAAAGGUAACUUUAUUUCAGAUGAUGAAAAUGAAAUUAAGUAGAAUAAAUGA